UGAUAAGUUAAUCGGGUUUUUGAGGCAGUUCUGGUUCUCUCCCUUCGGCUUCGAUGAAAGAAAGGCACUUGUAAAUGGAAAAUUUUCGCAUUAGAAUUAAAAAAAUAACUAAUUUCUUCAAAAUAUCCCAGCUCUACUAAAUAUGGACGUCGUAGCCUUCGGAAUCAUAGUCGCCAUUAUCAUUCUCUUCUUUCUAUCAGUCUGCUACAUCACCAUCCAAGGCACUUGCAAAAAUCGUUCUUAGUUCACCUCCUAGUUUGACUUCCGUAGCCAAGAUUUCCUUCGGUUCAAGCACUCUUUUUUCCCCUCGGAAUCCAGUUGGGUUCUGUAGGGGCGCACUGAUUUCAUGGCACUGAGUAGAAAGCUGAUUCAGCAGGCAUUGCUUACGGUUUUGGUUCUCGGGUUUUGCUUGGAUCUGGGACUUGGGCACGACGGUCAUCAUUCCGGGUCCUGCACAUCGCAGGUCCAUGAUUCCCACGAUCAUCAUCAUAGUCACCCCCAGUGUGGGCAUAGUCAUCACCACCAGCAUCAUCAAGAGGAGAAACUGGUAUCUGGAACUAGGCUUCCGGAGGAAUUAGCGGAGGAGGAGGAUAUGAAACUAUAUGGAUUCGGGUUCGCAUAUGACCACGAGCACGACCAUGACCACCGCGGUCAUCAGCGCAGUGGUGGCUCUGAAAUAUCGGGUUUAGGGCUUUGGCUGAAUGCAUUGGGAUGUUCAUUUUUGGUUAGCAUGGCUUCCCUUAUUUGUCUGAUUAUCUUGCCUCUGAUUUUUGUACAGGGAAAACCAUCAAAGACAGUUGUUGAUUCAUUGGCUUUAUUUGGGGCGGGUGCUAUGUUGGGGGAUGCUUUCCUUCACCAAUUACCUCAUGCUUUUGGUGGUGAGCAUUCCCAUUCACAUGGCAAUCAUGUGGACCAUGACCAUGAUGCUCGUAUCGGACAUCAGCAUUCUCAUUCUUUAGCAGAUCUUUCUACAGGAAUAUCGAUCCUUGCUGGAAUUGUACUCUUUCUUCUUGUAGAGAAGGUGGUUAGGUAUGUUGAAGAAAACUCUCAAGGAGCUAAUUCAUGGACAAAUGGACACCACCACCACCAUCACCACAGCAAAAAGAAAAAAGUGAAAGAUGAUGCGAAAGAUGGUAAAUUGCUUGACGAGGAAAGACAUCCGGAUGUGGUACCACGUGAUUCUUCAAAGGGCAAUGAUGCAACUCAAUCUGGACCCUUGCUUAGAAAGAGGAUCAAUGGCAAAAAGGCUAGCUCUGCGGAUGAUAUGAAAUCCUCGAAUGAGAGGGAAUCAGUUCAAUCAUCAAAUCUUGUGUUCGGUUAUCUCAAUCUUUUCUCUGAUGGUGUUCACAAUUUCACUGAUGGAAUGGCACUAGGAAGUGCAUUCUUGGUCUAUGGAUCUGUGGGGGGCUGGUCGAGGACCCUGUUUCUACUUGCACAUGAGCUUCCACAGGAGAUUGGUGAUUUUGGCAUUCUGAUACGGUCUGGUUUCAGUACAUCAAAAGCUCUGUUCUUUAACUUUCUAUCAGCGCUAGUGGCACUUGUGGGAACUGCUUUGGCUCUGCUUUGGGGGAAAGAUCCUGGACAGUCAUCUCUAAUUGAGGGUUUUACUGCUGGAGGAUUUAUAUAUAUUGCAAUUGCGGGAGUGCUGGCUGAGAUGAACAGCAGUGAGAAAACAACAUUGAGAAGUACGACAAUCCAUAUAAUUUCAUUGACACUGGGCAUGGCCGUUGCCCUUGCUAUUUCCCUUGUAGAAUGAACGGAGGCGUGCUCCCCUAGGAAUCCCAUGUAUAAAACAAAUUGUUCGAAAUAAAACAAAUUGUUCGAAAUCGGUAUAGGACAUGUAUUCUUACUUACAGCGAAGCGGUGGACCCAGAAAGACCUAAAGGGGGAACGGGGGAGAAAGCGAUAGGGAAAGCGGAAUGGUCAGGCUUAAACUCGGAAUGAUUCCUUACUCCCCACUAGAAAGUAAACGUGCACAGUAAAUGCUCUCUUUACAGUCGUUUGUUAGCCAUUUGUUCGAUUGUGUAUGUUGCGGUAUUUUCACCCUUUUCAGCUGUAAUAACAGUCAAGUUGUUUCUUUCUGAAUUCUGAUGGAGAGAGCUGUAAAGCUUUCUUUUGCCUCAAAGGAAAGAGAUGUUAAGAUUGAGUCUUUGAUUGUCAUUGCUCGCUAGGCAUCUAUCUCUAGUGGGGCUGACUGAGGCUGCAAUGGAAUUGGACAAAUGUUGUUUA